AUGAGUCCCUAUUUUCGCUUGUUCAAGUUUCGGAGUCACAUGGGGUUUGGGCCUAGGCUCCGGUUUGUGGGUUGGGUUGAAACUGUGCCUGACGGCCGAUGCCGGACCGGAGCGGGACCGGGGCUCGUGCUUCCUUCCGUGUCACUGGUGCCCGGCCCCGGUUCCUCUCCGGUGUUUGCUUUCCGCAUCUGAAAGCAAGAAAAGACUGCUUUAAACAAGGGAAACUGUAAGCGAUUUCUUGGAAGUAGUACUCGGUAAAGGCUGUAACUGUGAUUAUCACAUCUCUAAGC